CCCACCGCCUAAGCUGUUAUACAACAAAACGCGAAGGUUUAUACAACUGGCCCCGCCUCCCGUCGUUACAUGUAAGGCUAGGGGGAGUAGCUGGGGAGCUACUCGCUUAGUUUGAAAGAUGCCUAGGAUUAACAUGGCUUCUGUGGAUCUCAGUAAAAUAGGAGUGAACAUGUUGAAAAGCGCCGCGAAUGGUGAGGUUGGUAUGUCGCGUCCCUCGUGAAAUAGAGGGGAGUUAGCUGCUCAGUGGCCGCCUUGGCCAUAUUGGCUCCCAGUUGGAGCCGCAAUGGCGACAGUUGCCAGCCUUCUUCUCAACGUAUUGUCUCUCUCAGACAGUGGAGUUGCGGUCUCUCUGGAAAAAUCGUGCCGUCGUCCUACUCUUCUUGCGACGCCUCGGGUGCCAAGUGUGCCGCUGGACCGCUUCGGAAUUAAGCAAGUUAAAAGGCGACCUGGAGGCGAAUGGCGUGGGGCUUGUGGGCGUGGCCCCAGAGGAGGUGGGCCUGCAAGAGUUCAAGGAGGGCAACUUCUUCCAGGGCGGUAUGGCAUGCUGAGUGUCCUUCCAGCUGCCCUAGGGAAAAAGGUGCGCAAGGUUGUAAAUAAGGCCAAUGCUCAAGGUAUUUCUGGAAAUUUCAAAGGAGAUUUGCUGCAAAGUGGAGGAAUGUUGAUUGUUUCCCAAGGUGGUGACAAGGUGUUGUUGCACUUUACCCAGGACUCUCCAGGUGACUAUGUACCCCUUGAAACAAUAAUCCAAUCUCUAGGCAUCACUUCCAAAGUGCAGGCCAGCCAGAGACCUGAGUGUAAUGAAGAUGUUUGUACAAGGUGACCAACUGCCAGGACGUUGUGCCGAUGGGCUUGUUGACCCUACGGUGGGCGGAAAGAUGAUCACUCAGUUAGCAUCUCUGUUAUUGUACUUCUAUUCCACUAAGGUAAAUUAUACUGGUUUGGUGAAAUUGUUUGUAUAUUAAUAAAGAGCUUAUAUAUAUUUUUUUUAUAGCAGUACCCAUGUAUAUAUACUCUAUACACACAAACCUAAUACAUGUAUAGGCACAGUCUGUUUUCUACAGGCAGGGCUUAAAAUGAGAUAACGUCACUCACACUAUUUUUACUUACAUUUGUUUAGUUUCUGUUGACUUCCUUCCUCUCUUACUGCCGCCGAUUUUGUUUUGUCAAGCGGGUCAGAGUCGGGGCACUAGGAGGAACGAAGUAGUCCAAAACACAGGUUUUCAGAAAAAAAGACUCUUAAUCCAUUCUGUGAUUUACUGGAUUGAUUGUAUUUUUGAUUGGACUGUUUUUUUUCAUGUUUUUGUUAAAGAAAUGUGUGUUUGAUUGCUGUAUUAUAUCUCCUCUAUUGUAAUGCAUAUAUCUCAAAAUUAAUCUAAAUUCAUAAAAAAACAUCCCUGCCCAGUAUUCAGAUUUAUUAUUAGUCAGACAAUGAGGGGCCAGCGUAUGUUGGGCUUAAAGGAAGUUGUUGAUCUGAUGUGAAAGACAGAAAAUGAAAGGCACAUGUACAUGUGUAGAUGCACAACUCCAGCUAUGCAGGUAACCCUAGAGCAACACUUGCAUUCAAGCUCAGGCAGCUGAAAGCACAUAUUUUGCGUCUGCUUGGUAUUGUCAAGAAUUUCAGACUUACACAAGAGAAAGAAAGAUUUAGAUCAUUUUAUGAUAGAUUUUACAAAGAGGGAAGAAGCAAAACGGUCAUUGUGUUAUGUGAUGGAGCAAGUAACAGUCAGAUUAGCUGUCCAAUCAUAUCCACCUCUGCACCCCCAUCACAUGCAGUCUGACUCCCUUUUAUAGACAUACGUUGAGCCUAAAUGGCUAACUGAUGCUGGUGGGAGGGACAUCUUUAUUGAAGAAAGCCACACAG